AUGGUUGUUGGAUGUUCGAAAUAAAUUAAAGUAUUUGAAUUUAACUAAGGAGUAUUAAAUUAAUAUUAACUUUUAACUGAACAUGCACAUAAUGUAUAAACAUAGAAUCUCAUGAAGAAAUCAAAUCAUUUAAUAUCAGGGAGUUUAGUUUGA